AUCAAUCUGUUCCAGUCAGUAAGCACGUCAAUCAUAUUAUAUAAUCAUGCUUGAAUGCCCAUUAAUACGUCACUAUAGUUUGUUCUGCGUACAGGUUUUCUCUAUUAUGAUCCUGGAGCUGAAUACAAAUACACAUUAUGAUGCAAAUGUCGUCUUCAGUGAGGCUUUGUCGUAGGGUGUUUCGGCCAAACCUCAGAUCUUACUUAACGAGUUCAUCUCCAAGUUGUAGUAGAGUCAUCUUAUCAACAAACUCAAGAACAGCAAAUGCUAAUAAGAAUUCAUAUUUGAAAUACCAACCACAAUAUGUACGAUUAUUACAUACGACUGAUAUAAAGUUGGCUCAUGAUGAACGAGAACUGAGACCUGACUACUGUGUCACUUAUGAUGAGUUAAAAUAUGGAGUUGAAAACGAUAAAUUUCUUGUUAUUGAUGUGAGAAGGCCGGAUGAGGUUGCUGAAGGCAGAAUGAAAGCAAAGAGAUAUGUGAACAUUCCUGUUCAGGAGUUUGAGGAAGCAUUGCAAUUGUCUGAUAAAGAUUUCAAAGAUACAUAUGGCAUUGAUAAACCACCUAAAGAUGCAUCUGAUAUCAUAUUUCAUUGUAAACUUGGAGGAAGAAGCACUACCGCAUUAAGACUUGCGCAAAAUGCUGGAUAUACUAAGUCCAAGCAUUAUCCUGGUGGAUGGUCAGAGUGGUCUGAAAAAAACUGAAGGCAAUCACGUUAUAUUAUCAUUAAUCAUCAUCCGUGUUGUUUCAUUUCAUUAUUGACUACAUAAAUGUCGAAAAUCAUUAUUACUGAGGAUUCAAGAAAUAUAUUUAUAUCAUG